AUGGCGGGUAUUGUUCAUUGUUACCGUAGGAGAAGGUACCGUCAAAGGGUGGAUGCUGAGCAUGCAAAACCACUCAAGCAAUACACAUCAGAAGAACUGUAUGCACAUUUUCAUUUUGGGAGAGAUGACAUCAAGUACAUUGCAGAUCUUGUCAGGCCAACACUCCAACACCAAAACCAAAGGAGUCAUGUUUUAUCCGUGGAGGAACAGUGCUUAAUCGCUCUGCGCUUUUACGCAUGUGGGACUUUCUACCAAGUAAUUGGUGACAACAUGGGAGUAAGAAAAACAACCGUGAGUAAUGUGGUGAAGGCUAUGUCAGUAGCACUGGGCAGUCUGAUCAAUCAGUUUGUUUACUUUCCCAAGGAUGACCAGACAGCUCAGACUAAGCACAAGUUUUUACAAAUGGGGAACAUGCCUAGCACUAUUGGUGCUAUUGAUUGUACUCAUGUGCAUAUCCAAGCACCUUAUGAAAGGGAAUGGGAUUAUGUCAAUCGAAAGGGGAGGCACAGCAUUAACAUAAACACACCUGAGGAGUCUUGCUUCAACUCUUCACAUUGCAAAACAAGAUGUGCCAUUGAUCGCUUAAAUGGAGUCCUGAAGAGAAGGUUUGCAUGUCUUAACUACUUGCGAGUGCAACCCAAGGUGGCAUGCAACAUAAUCCUUGCAUGCAUUGUUUUGCAUAACAUUGCAACCAGGCGUCAUGUCCCUCUUGAUGACAAUUUUGAUAAACCUGAGCCUGAUGUAGAACCAGAACAGCCACCAAUGUUCUUACAUAAUGAAGGACACACUGGACAUGCAAUUAGAGAUGCAAUUGUGAGAAAUUACUUUUCCUAUUAA